CUUAUCACUUAAUUGUUACUUUUAAAAACAUUAUGUUUGCUAAUUUGAAAAACAAAAUUAAGGAAGAAAUUGGUAAUGAUGUAACAACAGUUAUCAGGAAUGUAGGAAGUGUUCAUACUCUAAAUAGACAUCUUUCUCAGACUGUUUCAACAAGUAGCAUCAGAGGAUCUCAAUUUUCAUUAGAUGAAUCAAAGGAUGAUGCUAUUAUAUGUCAUUCACCUUCCAUUCAUAUAAAAAGAGAAAAUAGUUUUGAUCUAAAAUUUGAUAAUGAUAUUAUGUUAUCAGCUAAAGAUAUUAAAUUAUUUGAGAAUAAAGAAGAUGAGUGGAGACGUAAAAUGCAAAAGAGAGAAGCAGAGCUUUUAAAGAAAAUGGAAAAAAAAGAAGAAGAAUAUAGAAUCAAAUUGUUUGAAAGAGAAAAAGAAUGGAAGAAAAUUAUAGAAAAACAUGAAAAAGAAAAAAUUAAACUUAUUGAAGAUAGAUUAAAGGCAGAAAGUACAAAAAAUGUACUAGAAAUAGCGUUAACUGAUGCAGAAGAGUAUAAAAAAAAAUUUUAUAGUAUUCAAGAAAAUGCAGAAGAAAUGGAAGGCUUUCAAACUCAAGAGAUGGCCAAAAUAAAGCAUCUUUUACUCGUUAAAGAACAAGAUAUUGGAGAUAAAUCUCAACGUUUGAAAAUGGCAACAUCUGAAAUUGAAAAUUUAAAAACUGAAUUAUUAAGAUUGAGGCAAUAUGAAGAUAAAUUAAAUAAUAUACAAGAUGAGAUGGAAUUUUUACGUCAUUCUACACAACGUGAAAAAGCUCAAUUAUUAAAUAAAUUAGCACAAACUGAAGAAGAGGUAAGACACUUAAAAGAUAAAAUUUUUAUUCUUGAACAAAGAGUAGCCUUGGAAUUAAGUGAUCAAGUAACAGUAGAUGAUCGGGUGGCAGAUCUAAUGCGUGAAAGAACACUUUUAGAAAGAAAAUUAGAAGAGACAUAUCUGCAUUUAUCAGAUAUAAAAACAAGCUGGUCUAGUAAAAUUUUGAGUUUGGAAAUGCAAAUUGGUAGGUUGAGUAAACAGGCCGGUGAAGAAGGUCUAGAGAGAAAAAGAGUAGAACAAGAAAAAGAGGUAUUGAGAGUGAAAAUAAAGAAACUUGAAGCUAACAUUGAGGUGAACAGUGUUAUAAUGGCAACAAAAGAUGCCAAGCUGUUGCGAAUGGCAGAGGAUAUUGAUGAAAUGGCUAUGGAAUUAAAAGAGCUCAGAGUCAAUAUUGAUGAUGAGGUUGAAGAGUUUAAACAAAAAAUUGUGAGUUACCGUGACAUGCAAUAAUGGUUGAUGUGUAUGAUUUAGAUCGAAUUUUCAAAUGGGUUACAUGCCUAGUAAUGAAUAUGUGUAAAAUAUUUGAUUUAGAUUGUCAAUAUCAUAAUUACAAUUUAAUUUAUUUCAAAUAGAACAUUUGCUUGAACUUUACAUUCCUCCCAUAAGAAAUUAU